GCCAUCCAAAGCAAAACAGAUCAGUGAGCUAAGAUACACCACUCCUUUUCCCCGACCCCCAUUGCUUCCACCAUGAGAUCGAAAUCUUCCAUGGCCAGAAACUUGGUCACCACCUCCAUCAUCCCUGUAUGUUCCCUUUCUCAUCGCCAAGACUCGUUGAAUCUACAGGAAACCCACAAUCCGAGCAAAACCAAAAUAUUCAGCACACAAAAAACCCACCCCCAUCCUCCUUGCCUCCUACAUCUGCUAUUGCUCCUCCCCCCUCGCUCUCGUUCCCAUAACCCUACUGUCGCUUCCACCUCUGAUGGGAUCGUUCUCCCGAGGAUUAUUUUUGUUACCGAAGAUGAUGACCAAGAACCCACACCUGGGAUCCAAAGAACCCAUGCACUGGGUUCCUUUGCACCCAGCACGCUUGGGUUCGGGAAUGCUGGAAAAGGUAAAGUGGUUGAGCAGGGCAAGAAUGACAAUAAAGAACAAGGUUUGGUGGGUACCAAUCAAAAUUCCAAGGAGUGUGUUUUUAAGGAUAUCAUGAAUGAUCCUGGCAGAAUCAACGCAAUGACAGUUCACCAACUCAAGGCUGCAUUGCGGAAUGCUGGCCUCCCUGCCAAAGGUUGCAAGAGUGACCUUGUAUCUGCCUUGAAGACUUAUUUGGAUAAGCAAUUAGAUGGUGAAAGUUCUCAUUUAGGAGAUGAACAACUUUCCUCCAUUUCUGCUCAAGGCAUCUCAGUGGCAGGAAAGACUAACACAUCAGGUGAACUUGAUGCUAAAAUUGUCAUGAAAGGAAGAAGCUUUCAAUCAAGGGUAAUGUUUCAGAAGCCUUCUCAACCAAUCAGGAAAGCAUCUUUGGUUAUUGAUGGCAAAGACACUAAUGAUGGAGUUAAUGUUCCAAUGAGUCAACAUCAACCAUGGACAAUUUUUGCCCACAAGAAGCCUCAGAAAGGGUGGAUAGCCUAUAAUCCAGGAAUCAUGAGGCCUCCACCACUUACAGGAGAUACUAAAUGUAUGAAGCGAAUGUCUUGGAAUGUGAACAGGCUGAGAGCGCUGCUGAAGUUAGAGGGGUUCUCUGCUCUUGAGCUUGCUAAAAGGGAAAACUUUGAUGUAUUGUGCUUACAGGAAACGAAACUGCAGGAGAAAGAUGUUGAGUCAAUCAAACACUCUCUUUUAGAGGGAUAUGAGAAUAGCUUCUGGACAAGCAGGGUUUCCAAACUUGGCUAUUCCGGUACAGCAAUUAUAUUCUGGAUAAAGCCGCUUUCAGUCAGUUAUGGCCUGGGCAUAUCAGAUCAUGUUAGUGAAGGUCGUCUGGUGACAGCUGAAUUUGAUACAUUUUAUUUGCUAAGUGCCUAUGUUCCUAAUUCUGGAGAUGGCUUGAGAAGGCUGCCAUACAGGAUUACAGAAUGGGAUCAAUCUCUGAGCAAUUACAUGAAGGAGCUGGAAAAGUCAAAGCCUGUCAUUUUGACAGGUGAUCUCAAUUGUGCACAUGAAGCGAUAGACAUUUAUGACCCUAUUGCAUCAUCUUCUUGGUCUUGGCAAUCGUGUUCCAGUAUUUUAACUUCACAGCAGAUUCAAACUUCUAGGGUAUCUACAAGAAAGUUUCAGAAAAUUGAAAAACUACUGAUGCCUGAUACCAAUUUUGAGUGGCUUGUCGAGUGCAAUGCAGCAUUGGCAUCUAUCUGCUUCAUGAUUUUGCUUGGAUUUGUAGAUGACGUCCUGGAUGUUCCUUGGAGAGUGAAACUAUUACUGCCAUCAUUUGCUACUCUUUUCCUAUUGAAGGCAUAUGCUGGACAUACAACCAUCAUUAUUCCAAAGCCUCUAAUUCCAUAUGUUGGGCUAGAGGUGUUGGAUCUAGGAUGGAUCUAUAAAUUAUAUAUGGCACUUCUGGUAGUCUUCUGCACGAAUUUCAUCAACAUUCAUGCUGGUUUGAAUGGUCUUGAAGUUGGGCAAACAGUUGUCAUUGCAUUUGCUAUUAUGGUACAUAAUAUCAUGCAAAUUGGAGCAUCUUCAAACCCUGAGUAUCAACAUGCCCAUGCAUUCUCUAUUUGUCUUCUUUUCAGCUUCCUCAAAUGUCCUCGGCAUCGUCUGCCUAGGUUCAAUCCUGAAACUGGACUACUUACUGGGACACCUGACUGUACACUAGUUAACUUUUACUUGAGAAUAUUUGGGCCAAAAUCAGAAAAGUCACUCUGCAUCCACCUCCUCAUUGUUCAGGCUGUAGGAUGCUGCUUCUGUUUCCUCCUGAGGUACUUACUUGCUGGUUGGUAUAAAUAAGGCAGCGGCAUUAAAGAGCUGGAAAAUCUCAUCCUAACAAACAUUUGAGUUGUUCUAUACAUCCUUCGGUGGAAACAAAUGACCUGCGAUUUUGGACAUUGUUCGGGAGCGAAAACUGACAAUGGUAUUGAAGCAUUAAUGUACUUUUUGUGAGAUCACCAUGCAACUACAUCUUGUAUUUGUCUUAAUUUUUCUGUUCAGCUGUCUUUUUGACUUCUUUUUUGUUAGUAUGAGUUAGUUGUUAGCAACUGGGAUUCUAAAAUGAUGAAUAUUCCACCCCUCAAAUGAGGCACGCAGACAUUAGGCUGCAAGUUAGUAAAGUUCACGGCGGUGGCAGGACUCGAAGCACUGACCUCUGCCUCACCCAAGUCCUAAGGCUUGGGGGCGAACCAUUGGACCUCAGGUCCAGUUCGCGUCUUUU